AGGAGAGAGAGAGAGAGAGAGAAACAGAGAGAGAGAGAGAGAGAGAGAGUGAGAAUAAAGAAAAGACGCGUCAGCUCCGUGCGUGAAGAGGAUCCAACAGCCCGGAGAUGAGCGGAGUGAGCGAGGAGCUGCUGCUGGACUACUUCUCCUCCCGCGGAGGGACCUCGGGCAAAGUGAGGAACGCGGACAUCCUGAAGACCUUCAAGCCUUUCAUCGGUCACGGUGACGCGCAGCUGCGAGCUAAAUACAGAGAAGAAUUCAAACUCAUCAUCGACCGAAUCGCUGUGGUGAAGUCAGAGAACGGUGAGAAGUUCCUCGUCCUGAAGAAGAAAUACAGGCAGCAGCUGCAGGAGCGCGAUGCCAGACCUCAGGACUCGGACGGGGACGGACAGAGACGUCUGAGUCCGUCCAGGACAGAAGCCACCGCACAGUGGGACUCGCCCGACGCCAUCGCCUCUUCUCCACAGCAGCAGCACCAAAGACAGGAUGAGCAGGAGGAGCAGCUCCCUGCACCUCCUGUCAUCCACAUCCACGUUCCCUCAGAGCCCAGCACCGGGGAGGAGGAGCUGGACAAGGACUCAGGGUCAAAGUCGGAGUCGGAGCAGGACGAGGAGGGAACCGGCAGCUUGGGCUCCGCCUCCGUCGCCCUGGAUCCCAUAGAGAAGGAGUGGAUCUACUCGGCCGCUGGCGCUCGGGUCCCUGACCUCUCUCAGCUGCUCAGGCAGGAUCCCUCACUGGCAAACAAGAAGGACUUCACCUCUUUUACGGCGCUGCACUGGGCGGCCAAGCACGGCAACGAGGACAUGGCGGCGCUCGUGGUCAACGCCGGCGCUGACGUCAACACCAAGUCAGUGAGUGGUUACACGGCUCUUCACAUCGCAGCGUUACACGGUCACCGGCACAUUCUGGACCUGCUCACUCUGAGAUAUGGCGCUAAAGAGAACUUGAGGGAUUACAGCGGCCAUCUUGCUUUCCACUAUCUGAACGCCAAAGAGCCGGAGGGACCAGAGGAGGAGAUCGAGCUGCCAGAGCUUCACGUCACCCAGGCCAGGGAGCGGAACAGGAACAGGAAGCUGGUGACGCUGUUCCACUCCAAGAAGAAGUGGGGGUCGGCGGAGGAGCUGGCGCCGAUCGAGGAGGAGAGGACGGCGUCGCAUCAGCUCGUCCCGCCGCCGUUCAGACCCCGGAAGUUCUCACGCUGAGGAGAAACAGCGAUUUCUGACUCGGACAUUCAGGCUUUUACGUUCAUAUUCACACGUAACGUAAUCCCCGCCCCCCUGUAUUUA